UUCUUAUCAAUUCUUCAGUUUUAUCGCCGUUUGUGAAAAGCCCCAAUUUCGCCGUUUGUGAAAAGCCCCAAUUUCGCCCUAAAUCUCCAUAUCCAUCGCAAUUGAUAGCUCGAAUCCAUUUUUGAGGCAUGUCUUUCUUCUUCCUCCUAAUUUCGUUAUUUGUUUCGAUUAUUUGUGAUUUCAAACAGCUUUUGAUUUCGAUAAGGGUCAGAUUUAGUUAUCUGUUUUGUUAGGGUUCGAUUUAUCUAGAUUUAUUUCGUUAUCUGUUUUUUAGGGUUCGAUUAUUUACAGAUUUUGAGAAUGUGGAGUUUCGAAUCCAUCUGUUUUGUUAGGGUUCGAUUAUUUACAGAUUUGACUCAAAAAUAGCUUUUGGAUUUGAGUAUUUGCGCCUUCAUAAACUGAACGAUUUUUUUUUUUUCCCAAGUGUUGGUGAUUGAAAUGUUGGGGAACUGAAGCUUCUCAUUUCUCUGUACUCACACAACAGGUUAGUAUCACUCAACCAAUAGUUAAACAUUAUUAUUACACACGAAUAUUGGUGAUUGCUAUGUUUUGUCCUUUGAGUCUGAUUCGUAUAAAUAGUGAUUAGAUUAGUGAGAUUUUACACAGUUAGAUAUUGGUUUAAGAGCAUCUGUAUGUGUCUGAAGUAGUGCAGUAUUGUCUGAAUUGUUGCUUAAUGUGAGCUUUGUAUAAUAUGUAUCUCUAUUUUAUCUAUAAAGGUUAAAAUUUAUAUUAUAACAUAUAAUGUUGGACAAGGCAUGGGUGCAUCUAUGCAGGUAAGGAAUUAUAUUUCAUAAUUAGGUUUUAUUUUGGGUUUGGAUACUUUAAGAUGUUCUUUUAGUUAUGAUUUUUUUCUUUAAUUAUCCAUUGAAGAGCUGAUCCUGGUUAUAAAAGUGGAGCUUGGAAAUUUGUAAGGGAUGUGUCUGCGGCUUUAGGUGACAUAGAAAUGAUAAUAUGUCCUUGUAAAGACUGUCGUAAUGUAGUACGACAGUUAAACAGUGUUGUGGUUGAGCAUCUUGUAAUAAGAGGGAUGGAUGAGGCAUACAAGGUGCAUAGUGAUUGGUAUCAUCAUGGAGAUGUGAAGUCAGUAGAUGAAUUUCAAAGUAAACCAACUCAGUGGAAUGAGGAAGUUUUUGAGUUAUAUAAAGCUGCUGAAUUUUUUGAUCAAGAGUUGGCUUUUAGAGGUGACUUAGCUGACCAACCUGUGGGCGACUUAAGUGAGAUUGCAGAGGGUGAGGACCAACAAGAGGAUGAGUUCCUUGCAAAGAUCCGGGAUGCUGAAACCCCACUAUACCCUAGCUGUUCAAACCACAGCAAGUUAUCGGCUAUUGUGACUUUGUUUAGGAUUAAGACACAUAAUGGCUGGUCGGAUAAGAGCUUCAAUGAACUGCUUCAGACAUUGCCAAGCAUGUUGCCAGAUGGUAAUGUCUUUCACACAUCAUUGUAUGAUGUCAAGAAAUUUUUAAAGAGCUUUCAUAUGGGAUAUGAAAAGAUCGACGCAUGUGUUAAUGAUUGCUGCCUCUUCAGAAAGAAGUUAAAGAAGCUUGAUAAAUGUCCCAAAUGUAAUGCUUCACGGUGGAAGACUAAUAAGCGGACUAAUGAGGUAAAGAAAGGUGUCCCACAGAAAGUAUUAAGAUAUUUUCCAAUUAUACCAAGGCUGAAGAGAAUGUUCAGAUCAGAGGACAUGGCUAAGGACUUACGGUGGCAUUACACUUGAAGAUCACCUCGCCAAGCUUUUAGGACCUGACAAUUCUGGUAGGCUGAGGGCAAUGGGUAGAGGCAUGAGUAAGACCAAAUUAGCUUGUUUACAAAUGCAGAGCAAGUGUAUGGCUGAAAUGGAAGAGCGGCAAGUAAAAUUAGUAAAACAGGUCAAUGCCUUGGAAAGUGAACUUGGCAGAAUCAAGAAUCAGGUUAGAUACUUAAGAGUUCUCUACUAUUCAUCAGCCAGUUAGAGUAAUAUAAAUUGAUGUUAUUUUUGUUUAUG